AUGCAGCUGUCACGGCAAACACGACCACGGCACAUCUUGUCCAGCUCCACUGGACACCGUAGCCAGCAUGGCAUGGCACAGCCAGCCAUGCGCACAACUCGGCGCUGCCCUUUCGUGCCCCCGCCGCAAACUCUGACGGCCGCCGUCCAGAUUAUCAACGCGGUGCCGGUCAAGCGGCUCAACUCGAUCCUCACUCGCAUCGCGCAGCGCCACCACGAAGUGGAGGAGGAAGCCUUUUCCGAGGAUGAGCGAUACAGCCUUCAGGUGGCGCUGGACAUUGAUCCCAAGGCCGUCAGCCUGCUCCUCGACACCCUCAGCUUCUUCUUUGACACUACACAAAUCAUCCUCAAGACUUGGGCUGACCAUGGCGCUCAGCUCGUUGACACCACCCGCAACCAGCCCUUCUUUUCCACCUCCCUCGUCGACACUCGGUGGCAGGCUUCUGUGCAAACUGCGAGCCACACUCAGACACGCACCACCGUCCCCAUGGGCCACCUCCAGCUUGAGCUGGCUGACAACGCCAAUCAGGUGCCCCUCCCGACCAGUCCCCCGUGA